UGUGUGUGUGUGUGUGUGUGUGUGUGUGUCAGCUGUAUGUAUGUUUGAUUUCUUUCUGAAUGUGUGUGAAAACUUCCCAUCCUUGCAUGCAUGUUUACUCAUUACUGUCAUCUUGUGUAUGUGUGAUCAAGGUUUUGUGCACAUAUGCACGAUGCCUGCUGUGUGUGUGUGUGUGUGUGUAUGUUUGAGAGGCAGAUGGUGUUAGAGUUGCUAGGAUGUCUCUCCAUGCAGGUGAAUCGAUUUUAGGUUUAAAACACAUACACAUUUAGCAGCAAUUAUGUUGACCCACCUCAGAGCCCGUAGCAGGAGCUUGUUCCCCAGCUACAAGCCCGGCAGCCGGACUCAAGCCGUCAAAGAACCGGCUGACUGUCUGGACUUCACCAACACGUGCAUUAAGCCAUGGAACUCCAUGCAGGAUCUGGGCAGAGACAUCUAUGAUCUUUAUGCUGAGUAUGAAGAGGAGGAGGAAGAUCAAUUUCCGGUGUCUCCCUCCCGCCUGCUGCUCUCUCCAACCAAACACUUCACUCUCAACAUCAACGUUGGUGGAGCGGUGUACCACCUGCCCUACAGGUUAGCUGCCAGGUAUCCAAAGACAAGGAUUGGCCGGUUGGCCACGCACACAGACCACAGCAGGAAGUUGGACCUGUGUGACGACUACAUUGUCCAGAGCAACGAGUUCUUCUUCGACCGGGACCCUAAAAUCUUCCACAACAUCUUUAACUUUUACAGAACUGGAGUUUUGUGCAUUAAAGACGAGCUGUGUCCCCGCAACUUCCUGGAGGAGAUAAACUACUGGGGUGUUAGAAUCAAAAACAGUCAACGCUGCUGCCGCAUCUCCUUUGAAGAGAGACAGGACGAGCUGAACGAGCAACUGAAAAUACAGAGACAGCUGAUAGCAGAGAUGGAGAUGGAGGAGAACGAGGCGUUAUUUCAUGGCAUGGCCUUCGGGCCGACCCGAAGGAAAAUCUGGAACCUGAUGGAAAAGCCGUUCUCCUCGGUCACUGCCAAGCUGAUGGGGGUCGCCUCCUCCAUCUUUGUGCUGGUCUCGCUGGUCGCCAUGACGCUCAACACUGUGGAGGAGAUGCAGUACAAGACAGCGUCGGGCCAGCUCAGUGGCAGAUUCUACGGUGAAUACGUUGAGACGUUCUGCAUCACCUUCUUCUCCCUGGAGUACCUGCUGCGCCUGGUGUCCACCCCAGACCUCAAGUGUUUUGCACGUAGUGUGUUGAACACCGUCGACCUGAUCGCCAUCCUGCCUCACUACCUGCAGAUGGUCCUGGAGUGCUUCGAGGACGAGGACAUGCACCUGCACUCGGGGGACAUCGAGGCCAUGGCACGUGUUGGAAAGGUGGGUCAGGUUCUGAGGAUCAUGCGUCUGAUGCGAAUCUUCAGGAUCUUGAAGCUGGCUCGUCACUCGACAGGCCUCAGAGCCUUCGGCUUCACGUUGAGACAGUGCUACCAGCAGGUGGGCUGUUUACUGCUCUUCAUUGCCAUGGGCAUCUUCAUGUUUUCAGCCAUGGUGUACACUGUGGAGCAUGACGUGUACAACACCAACUUCACCUCCAUGCCGCACGCAUGGUGGUGGGCAGCUGUGAGUAUUUCCACAGUGGGCUACGGCGACAUGUUCCCUGAGACCAACCUGGGCCGUAUCUUCGCCUUCGCCUGCAUCUCCUUCGGCGUCAUCCUAAACGGCAUGCCCAUCUCCGUCCUCUACAACAAGUUCUCAGAUUAUUACACCAAGCUCAAGUCCCACGAGUACACCGCUGUCACCAAGGCGCGCGGGAAGGUGCACUUUGCCAGGAGGGCGGCAAAGAGGUUGGCCGAGUGCUGCGAGGACGUCGUUCAGCCGAGGACACCUCACCUUCAGUGAGCCAGGUUGUAGAUGUCCAAGUCUACGUUAAGAUUUGUCUGGAAGGCAGGAGUGACUGUCAGGAAUGUGAUUAGGACAGCAGAGACUGCCAUUUUAUGGAGCAAUGUAACUGGAAAUGAACCUGUGACAUUCUGUACAGGCCAUUAUCCCAUUAAGACCAUGUGACAGAACUAGACUGCAGGAGUCAUGGCAGUUUGAACCAUUUACCUACCAAGAAAUCUACAACUGUCUGGAGUUAACUGUGUGUCUCAGUUAAUACACUUUUGAGUUCAAAAUGUCGCUCCAAGUCCAAAGUCAGGACUGUAUUUUUCCUGAAGGGACAUUUGAUUAUGCAUCCUUUCAUCCAUCCAUCCUCUAUACCUGUUUAUUCCUGUUAUGCCUCUGAAUCAGUGGUGCAGGUUUGGUGUAGAUUGAAAAUCAAAAAAAUGUUGCUAAUUUUUUUUCUUAGUUCAUUUAUUUGCCAAAAUGUUAUAUACUCAUCCUUGUACUCUUCUACAUACAUCUAUGCUAAAGCUGUCCGUAUCACCAUCGCCACCAACAUCUACUCUUCCUCCCUCCACCCUCUAUCCAUUAGUCUCUAAAGCUCAAAAGUAAUCCAGGAUUCAGGAGCGAACGACAACAGGACUGAAAUAAAUUAUAAGUUGAAGACCCGACAUCUGGACGAUGGAUAUUAGACCUGUUUAUCUGCCCCAUGCGUCUCUCUUUAAUAAUAAAUCUAUGUCUCUUUAGAGCUGUGCAGCUCUGUGUGUGUGUGUGUGUGUGUGUGUGUGUGUGUGUGUGUGUGUGUGUGUGUGUGUGUGUGUGUGUGUGAGAGAACAGUGUCACAGGGUCAUCACUCCUGAAUGUCAUGUUUAACACUGAAUCCCCGAGCUGAACUGAUUAUACUAAAUCAUCAGUGUCACUGACUGAAUCAGUAUUUUUUUUUAGCAGUGGAGCUCCCACUCAGCUGUAAUAUAGCAUCUAAGUUGUAAUAUACAGUAUGUUGUUACUUCAUGGUUAAAAGCUUACUGAAAGACCGCAAAAGGAUCAAAAGGUGAUCAGUGUUUUUCGGAUAGGUGACUACUGAGCUAAUAAACUAAUAUUUUUUGGAAAUAUACUUCUUUGCUUUUUUUGCAGAGUUAGUUGAGAAGAUGGAUAAGAGUCAUGUCUGUAAAAUAAAUAUAAAGCGACAGCCAGCAGAUGAUUAGCUUAGCUUAGCAUAAAGACUGGAAACAUGGCUCUGUCUGAAGGUUUAAAAAAAAAUAAAAAAUCUGUCGUCACUGUGAGGUUGCCAGGCAGCCAGCAGGGACUCCAGGAAGUCCGUGCUCCUGGCCAAGAAAUAGUCUGGCAACUAACCCCCCAAUAAGACCACAAGUUGUCAUUGUUACGGUUGGUUGGACAGAACAGGUUGUUGUAACGAUAAAACAAACAAGAUAAAGCGUGUUAAUUAGUGGGCUUUAGAGGUGUUUGUGUUUUGUUACCUUUGGACACAGCCAGGAUACCUGUUUCCCCACAUUUUCCAGUCUUUACGCUGACUGUCUCCUGGCUAUAGCUUGCUCUUUGACAGACAGUUAAAAAAAGUGGUGUUGAUCUUCUCAUCUAACUCUCAGCAAGAAAGCGAAUUAGCAUAUUUCCCAAAAUGUCGAACUAUUCCUUUAACUUCAUAAACAAUGUUUAUAUGUUUCUUGUUUUCUUCUAAAGUGAACGUAACAGUUGGAAGGAGCAACAGAACUAACCUACUACUGAACUGAAGACGUAAUGUCACAGCGUUAUUACCGGUGAUGCCAACAAUUAGCUUACAAAAAAAAAAAAAACUACAUAGUGACUACGAAUCGUUGAACUCUUCUUUUUUUUUCUCCUCGUUACAAUAGUGAUUCACAGCAAUGUGAGAGGCCAUUGUCACAGAAGACAUUUUGACCUGUGACCUGUGAAAUGAAUGAAGGCUGAAUUCCAUUUAGCAGCUUCACUUUCAGGGCCAGCAUGUACAAUACUCUGUCACGGCUUACUGGGACUCUUGAAUAUAACAGAGCCAUCGUUAGUUAUUAGUAAAACCUGUGCCUUUCCUACUAUGACAAGUCUAAAUGUCUGCUGUGAAAAAUACCUAUAGCAUGUCAUUAUUUUGAAAGUGAGAGUGUGAUUGAGUGUUAGCAUUUGAAGAAUAGCAUAAUAGUCAUUCAAAUUAUUGGGUGUAAUAAACGUGGUCGCUCUAGA